UUCAUCAAAUGGGGAAAUUCUUAUUAUGGGUUUUGAUUUUGGUGAUGGUAGUGAACACUUUGAGCUGUUUAGGGUGUCUCGAGGAAGAGAGGAUUGCACUCUUACAUGUGAACACUCACAUACUGAACACCACAUAUGGGAACUCUCUAGAUUCAUGGGUUGAAGAUAAAAUGAGUGAUUGUUGUAAAUGGUCAAGGGUGACAUGUAGUAAUAUUACGGGAAGAGUGAUUGGACUAUAUCUCUCUUUUGUAAGCUAUGAAAGAGUUGAGAAUUGGUAUAUCAAUGCUACUGUAUAUCUCCCUUUCAAACACCUCAACUCUCUAGACUUGACUAGAAAUAACAUUGCUGGUGUGGUUGAGAAUGGAGGUUUUGAUAAACUGUCAAAACUUCGCAAUUUGAAAGAGCUUGAUUUGAGCUAUAACAACUUGAAUCGCAAUAUAUUUUCUUCUCUCAGUCAUCUUUUGUCUCUCAAGGAACUUUAUUUGGAUGAAAAUCCUUUGGAUUCCCCUCAUAAUAAUUCAGACAAUAUAGGUCAUGAAAGACUCUCCGGAUUAAACAAUUUGGAGAUCCUCCACAUGAGAUCAACCAAGAUGGAAGAAAACAAUGUCUUAUCGGCUUUGAAUUUAAAAGACUUCAUCAACUUGAAGGAUCUCGACAUAAGCGAGAACAAAUUCCAAAGCUUUGAACCAAUUAAAGGUAUUGGAGGGAGGGAAAUGUUUUUGAAGCAUUUAUGUUGACAAAAUUUAUAAAAUAUACUUUGUAAGUUGGAGG